GCGGCGGCCACCCCGCGGCUCCCUUUGUGGCAGCCGUGAUGGCGGCGGAGCGGGCGGCGGCGGCGGCGCGGGCCCAGCCGCCCCCCGCCGGGCCCCCCCCCGGCCCUGGCCCUGGCCCUGGCCCCGGCCCCGGUCCCGGCCCCGAGCCGGCGGGCCGCGGCGGGCUGAGCCUGCCCGGCAUCCUGCACUUCAUCCAGCACGAGUGGGCGCGCUUCGAGGCCGAGAAGGGGCGCUGGGAGGCGGAGCGGGCCGAGCUCCAGGCGCAGGUGGCCUUUCUGCAGGGUGAACGCAAGGGGCAGGAGAACCUCAAGACGGACCUGGUACGGCGCAUCAAGAUGCUGGAAUACGCCCUCAAACAGGAGAGGUCCAAGUACCACAAGCUGAAAUUUGGCACCGAGCUGACACCAGGGGAGAAGAAACCAGAGGGGACGGAGCCAGUGUCCAACGGUCCCGCGGAGGUGACAUCGCUGGAGGGUGGCCCACUGGCCUGGAAAGAGGGCCGGCAGCUGCUGCGGCAGUACCUGGAGGAGGUGGGGUACAGUGACACCAUCCUGGACAUGCGGUCGCGCCGCGUCCGCUCCCUGCUGGGCCGCGGUCCCCCGGCCCCCCCAGCCCCCAGCAGCCCCCCACCCGCAGACUCCCUGCUGGUGCGGCGCAUCGAGGAGCAGAUCCAGAGGAAUGCUGGGAAGGAGACAGAGGAGCGGGGGGGCCGGGGGGGCCUGGAUCAGGUCCCCUUCCCACCUGAGGAUGAGGACAGCGACGAGGACGAGGAUACCGAGAGCCUCCCCCCCCACGCCCAGCCCCAGCACAAGAAGCAGCGAGUCAAGCUCAGCCCCAAACCCCUCCUGCCCGAGGUGGAGGAUGAGGAUGACGACGACGACUCGGAGGACGCCCUCAACGAGUUCGACUUCCUGGGCUCCGGGGAGAACGGGGCCGGCCGGCGGGCCGGGGAGGGCGUGGAGCUCGAGAGCCACCGGGGCCGGCUGCGGGGGAUGCUGGCCGACCUGCGGGACGUGGAUGGGCUCCCACCGAAACCCGCCACCGCAGGGCCGCCGCGGCCUCACGAAGGGUCUCUGGGCAUCUCUUCCGACGUCUUCAUCAUGGACAGCAUCGGUGGUGGCGCUGUCAGCCUGGGGGACCUGGCCGACCUGACCGUCACCAAUGACAACGAGCUCAGCUGUGAUCUCCCGGAGGGCCGGGACGCCCUGAAGAAGACAUGGAGCCCCAAGUUCACCCUGCGCAGCCACUACGAUGCCGUGCGCGGUCUGGCCUUUCACCCCGCCGAGGCUGCCCUCAUCACCGCCUCCGAGGACGGCACCCUCAAGCUCUGGAACCUCCAGAAGCCUGUCGCCCCCAAAAAGAACGCGGCGCUGGACGUGGAGCCGGUGUACGCUUUCCGCGGGCACAGGGGUCCUGUGCUUGCCGUUGCCAUGGGCCGCGACAGCGCUCUGUGCUGCAGCGCCGGCGUGGACGCCCGCAUCCACCGCUGGCGCCUGCCCGACCUUGACAUGGAUCCCUACAACGGCUAUGACCCCGGGGUGCUCAGCGGCGUCCUGGAGGGUCACAGCGAUGCCAUCUGGGGCCUGGCCUUCAACCCCGCCGGUGACCGCCUGGCCUCCUGCUCCGCUGACGGCACCGUCCGCAUCUGGGACCCCCGGCGCGAGGAGGGCGCCUGCCUCAGCACCUACAACGCCCAGAGCGAGCAUGGCGUCCCCACCUCCGUCACCUUCUCGGCCACCCAGUCUGGCCACGCCGUGGCCGCUUUCCGAACGGGUGCUGCGGUGCUCUACGACGUGGAGGCGGCUCGACCUGUCCUGGUGCUCGAGGCUCGGCCGGGUGGCGGUGGCAGCCAGGUCAACCAGGUGGUGAGCCACCCCUCGCAGCCCCUCACCAUCACCGCCAGCGACGACCGCGGCAUACGCUUCCUCGACAACCGGACAGGUAAAGUCGUGCACUCCAUGGUGGCCCAUUUGGACGCUGUCACCUGCCUGGCCGUCGACCCCAACGGCGUCUUCCUCAUGUCCGGCAGUCACGACUGCUCGCUGCGCCUCUGGCACCUGGCCCACAAGACGUGCGUGCAGGAGCUGACGGCGCACCGCAAGAAGCACGAGGAAGCCGUCCACGCCGUCGCCUUCCACCCCAGCCGGGCCCUCAGCGCCAGCGCCGGCGCCGAUGCCCUCGCCAAGGUCUUCGUGUGACGCCGGGGCUGGGGGUGGGGGGGACACGACACACGCACACACACACACACGUGUCGGUGGCGGGGGUGGCCCUUUGUCGCCUUCCCCACCCGGGGAGCUGAGCCCGGCAGCUCUGUGCAGCUCGUGACGCCCCAGGGCAACCUCGGCUGCGCCCUCCUGGCCCCACCGGCUGCUCCGGGCAGCCCCGCUGGGGGGGUCCAUGGGGCACCUACGGGCCCUGUCUGUCCCCCCCGAGGCGGUUUUGGGGUCUGUGUACCCCUCUGGGGGCAAUUACGGGCUCCAUAUACCCCCCCGAGGCAGUUACGGGCUCUGUGUAACCCUCUGGGCAUACUUAUGGGCCCUAAAUACCCCCUGGGGGGUACUUAUGGGCCCUAUAUACCUCCCCUGGGGGCAGCUGUGGGCUCUGUACCCUCCCAGGGACACUUAUGGACUCUAUUUACCGCCCCCCCCGGGGGCACUUAUGGGCUCUAUAUACACCCCAGGGGCAGUUAAAGCCUCUAUGUGCCCCCCCCGCCCGCCCCAAGUCUCGUCCCUGGGGGAGGGGGGGCUCGCCAUACCCCCAGGGGUAGUUAAGGGCUCUGCCCCACCCCGGGGCAGUUACUGGCUCAAUCUACCCCCUGGGGGGGCACUACACCCCCCUGGGGGCACCCAUGGGAGCACUCUGCCCCGUGGGGGGGGCACUACAUACCCCCUGGGGGUAAUUAUGGGCCUUACCGCUCCCCUCCAUGUACCCCCCCCAGGGGGGCUCUUCCCCCCAUCCCCCGGGGGCACUACACCCCCCCAGGGGCAGUUCCAGCCUGAAGCCCCCCCCCACCCCAACACUACCCCAGGCUGGGGCCCCCCCAAACCCCACCGGGGCCCCCCCACCUUGUAUAUUUGUACAGCCGUGAUGCCCCCCUCCUGCCCCCAUUGCCCCCCCCGGGGGCUCAUCACCGCCACCUUAUCACUAUGUGAUAGUCCGGGCCCCCCCGCCCCCCCUCCCCCGGGCCCCUCUCCCCCCAUUCUGCCCCCCCCUUUCGCCCCCCCGCCUUCAAAUUGCCCUUUUUAAUGCUGGUUGCUUUUUAUUG